AUGUUGGCGAGAGCUCCACCGCCGUCAAUUGCGUUCCCGGCGAGGAGUAAAAUCUGUAAUCGGAGGGAGAUUGUGCGGCUGUUUCGUGACGGAGGAGUUGUAGCGAGAGUUGGUUUCACUCGGCGGCCGCUGAAAACUUCAGCCUCGUUUGAGGUCGUUAACGAUUCCACCGAAGACGGUUUCAUCGUAAUCAGAGGGGAAGAUCAAGAGAAGGAUUUUUACCCUCCGCCUCCGUCCGAUUUACUCUCUUCGAUUCCGUCAGAUUCUGCGAGAAGAAAUGGUUCGCGUUCGAGAGGAGUAACUGCGAGUUUUGGAAGGCUAAAGGCCCAGAAAGUGAAAGCUCUCGUUGGAAAGGUAACGCAGAAGAAGCAGCAUACGAGUCGCAAUGAGGAACAAGACGAGGAUGAUGCCUCUGAUGAGGAUCUUUUUGAGGAUGAAGGGUUUGGUUCAUCAUCAAUUCUGGAUUUGAUGAGAAAGAAAUUGGCUAUGAAGGCUGUUCCUAGAUCAGGAAAAUCUGUAGAGCCAAAGGAGGUGAAAAGAGUCAGAAAAGUGCAGGAAUCUAGAGAGCCAAGAGAUAUAGAUAGAUCGGAAGGACGUAAUCAAGAUAUUGAUGAGAGGGCAGAGUCGCGGAGUUCCUAUUCAAAAGGUUAUAAUGCUUAUUCCAGGGAUAGAGGCGAUAGAGGUACGUUUAAGGGACGUGAUAGAGCUGUUGUUGAGGUUUCGCGGAGUUCAUAUUCAAAUGGUUCUGCUGCAAACACCAGGGGUAGAGAAGAUAAGCGUUAUGUUGCCAAAGAGUUUGAUUCAUUUGGAGGAAGUGAUAGAGCUACUAGGGAGGUUUCGAAUACUCGAAAGUUUGCUGAUAAUGACAGGGAAGAAUCGCAUUCUUCAUACUCAAGACGCUCUGCUGGUAACUCCAGGGGUUGGGGUGAUAGGCGUUCUGUUGUGUACGGAAGAGAUUUGGAGGAUUGGAGAGAGAGAGGGAAUAAAGCCAAUACUUCAAAAGAGGGCUUUUUUAGCCGGAAAAGUUUUGCAGAUGUUGGAUGUACUGAGUAUAUGAUGAAGGCCUUAAAGGAACAUAAUUUUGAUCGCCCGGCACAUAUACAGGCUAUGGCUUUUGCGCCAGUUGUUGAUGGAAAGAGUUGUAUCAUAGCUGACCAAAGUGGAUCAGGCAAGACACUGGCAUAUCUUGUCCCUGUUAUUCAGCGUCUCAGAGAAGAGGAACUUCAAGGACAGAGCAAAUCGUCUCCUGGUUGUCCUCGUGUUAUUGUUCUGGUACCGACUGCAGAGUUGGCUUCUCAGGUUCAUGCCAACUGUAGACUGUUAUCAAAGUCCGGGGUCCCCUUCCGAUCCAUGGUAGUGACGGGUGGUUUCAAACAACGGACCCAGCUAGAAAACUUAAAGCAAGGCGUUGACGUUUUGAUUGCAACACCAGGGCGAUUCAUGUACCUAAUGAAAGAAGAAAUUUUGGGGUUGUCAAACUUGAGAUGUGCCAUCUUGGAUGAAGUGGAUAUACUCUUUGGUGACGAGGAGUUUGAGGCAGCCCUGCAAAAUCUUAUAAGCUCUUCCCCUGUCACUGUACAGUAUCUGUUUGUUACAGCAACCUUGCCCCUUGAGAUAUACAACAAACUUGUUGAAGUUUUUCCUGACUGUGAAGUUGUGAUGGGACCUCGCGUGCACCGUGUUAGCAAUGCUCUCGAAGAGGUUCUUGUUGACUGCAGUGGAGAUGAUAAUGCAGAGAAAAGUCCCGAGACUGCUUUUCUGAACAAGAAAAAUGCUCUUGUUCAGAUUCUCGAGGAAAACCCUGUUGCCAAGACUAUUAUCUUCUGCAAUAAGAUUGAGACAUGUAGGAAAGUUGAGAAUAUAUUUAAGCGGCUCGACAGAAACGAAAGGCAGCUGCACGUCCUACCUUUUCAUGCAGCACUCUCACAAGAGUCAAGGCUUGCAAACAUGGAAGAAUUCACCUCAUCUCAUCCUGAAGAAAACUCGCUGUUUCUGGUUUGCACAGAUAGAGCUUCUCGUGGGAUAGAUUUCUUUGGUGUUGAUCAUGUGGUGCUCUUCGACUUUCCACGUGACCCGAGUGAAUACGUUAGACGCGUUGGAAGAACAGCGAGAGGGGCUAGAGGAGAAGGCAAAGCUUUCGUAUUUGUGGUGGGGAAGCAAGUAGCUUUGGCACGGAGGAUCAUUGAGAGAAACCAGAAGGGUCAUCCGGUUCAUGAUGUCCCAAACGCUUACGAAUUCACAACCUAA